AAGUUAUCUAGCGACACCAGCGGACCACAGCUGAGAAAGAGCUGUGAUGUCAUGGCAGCUGCCAGCGUGACCAGACCUGGCAGUGCCCAGACCACUGAGAAGUCACAGUUGACCUUGAAAGUGGUCUCAGCCAAGCCCCAGUCCCCUAAGCUGCCUAACCGCCAGUCGAGGCUCAGCUCCUUUGUUGAGGUGACAGCCGACGGCUUGACCAGUGAAACCAAAAAAACGGGCAAACGCAGCGGACACCUGGAGCUCCAGUGGAAUGAAGACCUUACCCUAAAUGUUACACCUCAGAGUCGUCUGGAUUUGAAACUCUGGACCUGUCACACUCUGAGGAAGGAGCUCUUGGGCAGUGCCACCAUCGACCUACUGGACACACUGCGAACGCACAAUGGCAAGAUGGAGAACGUGCAGCUGAGUCUGGUGCUGCAGACGGAGAACAAAGGCUCAGUUGUAGCAGGAGGCGAGCUCAACGUCUGUCUGGACGGCUUGGAUGUUGAUCUGGGCUCACUGCCCAAUGGCAGCACGGCAACAGACAAGAUGUUACCGUCAGACAGACCCAACCUGAGGAGGACACAGAGUGAGGAGACUCCUAGCACAGUUGGGCCCCGCGGCAGAAGUAACAGGCACUCUGCUGGGGGGUCACAGGGGGGUUCCCCGGGGGCCUCCAGAGGCUCUCUGACUAAUGGGGAGCUGAAUGAGGAGCAGAGCCCUGGGUCAGGGUCUGGCUUGGGGUCCUCCAGUCGCCUCCGCUCUUCCAAGAGUGCCCAGAGCAGCCCUGGAGCCAGCGCAGGCAAAGUUGAGCUGACAUCCAACGGACUAGAGAAUGGCCGCAGUGGUGUGGCUCAUCAAACCCCCCCUCCAUCCUCCCCGUCUGUUCGAUCCCCAAGCCUCAAUAGCACCAGUAGUCCCUCUUUGGGACAGGACGCCACAAGUCUGGCCCCUCCGGCAGAGCCCGGAUCCACUGUUGCCCCCAGCCCAGAGCAGGCCAACAGUGUUGCAACAGAGGCCCCCACAGAUUCACUCCCAGCUGGCUGGGAGCAGAGGGUGCUCCCUCAUGGCAGAGUAUACUAUGUUGAUCAUAACACCAAAACCACAACCUGGGAGAGACCACUUCCACCUGGAUGGGAGAAGCGUGUAGACCAGCGGGGCCGGUUCUACUAUGUGGACCACAACACCAGGACCACCACGUGGCAGAGGCCCACGGCCGAGUCAGUCCGCAACUAUGAGCAGUGGCAGAGCCAACGCAGCCAGCUUCAAGGGGCCAUGCACCAGUUCAGCCAGCGUUUCCUCUACCAGGCCUCUGAUGAAACUCAACUAUUCCUGCCUCACCUUGACCACCUCCAUUUCCUAAUGCAUGGCCUGUCUCCCCUCUGCUCCAGGGAGUGGUUCUUCCUGUUAUCCCAUGAGGUGCUGAACCCCAUGUACUGUCUGUUUGAGUACGCUGGCAAGAACAACUAUUGUCUGCAGAUCAACCCGGCCUCCUCCAUCAACCCUGACCAUCUCACCUACUUCCGCUUCAUCGGCCGCUUCAUCGCCAUGGCCCUGUACCAUGGGAAGUUCAUUGACACCGGCUUCACUUUGCCAUUCUACAAACGCAUGCUCAACAAGAAGCCCACGCUCAAAGACCUGGAAUCCAUUGACCCUGAGUUCUACAACUCCAUCAUGUGGGUCAAAGAGAACAGCCUGGAGGAGUGUGGAGUUGAGCUGUAUUUUGCUCAGGACAUGGAGAUUCUUGGGAAGGUGUCUACACACCAGCUGAAGGAUGAUGGAGAGAAUGAACUGGUGACCGAGGAAAACAAGGAAGAGUACAUCGGCCUGCUGACCGACUGGCGGUUUACCCGUGGGGUGGAGGAGCAGACCCAGGCGUUCCUAGAUGGCUUCAAUGAGGUGGUGCCUCUGGAGUGGCUGCGCUACUUCGAUGAGAAAGAGCUGGAGCUGAUGCUGUGUGGCAUGCAGGAGAUUGACUUAGCAGACUGGCAGAAGAACACCAUCUACAGACAUUACACCAAGAACAGCAAGCAGAUCCACUGGUUCUGGCAGGUUGUGAAGGAAAUGGACAACGAGAAGAGAAUCCGUCUGCUCCAGUUUGUCACAGGAACCUGUCGGCUGCCUGUCGGGGGCUUUGCGGAACUCAUAGGCAGUAAUGGUCCCCAGAAGUUCUGUAUAGACAAAGUGGGGAAGGAGACUUGGCUUCCAAGAAGCCACACCUGCUUCAAUCGUCUGGAUCUGCCCCCCUACAGAAGUGUGGAGCAACUGCGGGAGAAGCUCCUGUUCGCUAUCGAGGAGACAGAAGGAUUCGGACAGGAGUGAAGAAAGGAGAGAGCCAAGGGAGGGUUGUCAGAGAUGCUUCUAGAAGUGACAAGCAUUUUGUUGGGAUAGUUUUUUUUUCCAUUCUUUUUUUCCCCCUCAUUUGUUAAUCAUAGGGAUAUAAAAUCGAAAAUUUCCAUAAUGUUUGUAUCAGAGAUGAUCUGAAUCAUGGGAACAAUCGGAGUAGGGUGACGGGGACAGAGAAUGUAAGGGGGUGUGUGCUUAUGUGUGCAGGUAUGUGUGCGUCUGCGGUGUCAUUACCAUUGUGAAUUUGCAUACAAAUGUGUGUGUGUGUGUGUGUGUGUGUGUGUGUGUGUGUGUGAGUGAGCAUGCGCGUGUGUGAGUGUGUGUGUGUGUGUGUCAACAAUAGGAUGUUCCUUAAAGAGAAAUAUUUGUCUAGAGUCCCCUCUCUACGGCCCACUGACCUCACUGAGUAGACCGCUUAUACACGCACCAAAAACAAAGGACAGGAUAGUUCUAAUGUCAGCAGCAAAUCACAAUGAUAGCACAGCUACAUGCAAAUACAGUAUAGCAUAUCUUUCAAACAGAAACUGCAAUUUAAAAGUCACAUGAGAGACAAUGAGUGAUUGUGCAUGAGAGAGGGACUGUAUGCGAGAAAACGAACAUGUGUUUCUAUACAUGUGUGCGGAAAGCUGCAAUGACGACUAGUGCACCUCUACUGCAGAGGCUAGAAAAGUGAGAUAUGAUGGUAUUUUUAUUUUCUGUUAAUUGUGAAAUUGAGCAUCUUUCUUGUACAUAGCCAUAAUAAAAGAGACAGUAAUC